AAAUUGCGAGUCUAUAAGAAAACCUUACAAGCGUUAUUAUAUCCGAUAUCCAAUUCUAGCCCUCAUAAUUUUGAAAAAUGGAGUGCUAGUGGACCAACUUACUGUUGUGAAUGCACAGGUUUAUUAUGGGGUAUUAGAAAGCAAGGCAUGAAAUGUAAAGCGUGCGGUGUGAAAUGUCAUGAAAAAUGCAUGAACUUAUUAAAUGAUGAUUGUCUACAACGAGCUGCAAGCAAAUCCAAUAAGCGUGGUUCUCGCGACAGGUCGCAACAAGUCAGACAAGAUAUGGCUAAACGAAUGGAUGAUCAGGAAUCAUCAAAUGCAGAGCUUUUUCAACUAGUCAGAGAUGUCUUCAACAUUGAAAACAGGUUACAUGUCGGCUACUUGAAACAUGUACGACAGAGCAUCUUAGAUGGGACAUCAAAGUGGUCGGCUAAAAUCAAGACAAAAGUGGUGUGUGCACAAGGUCUUAUCGCCAAAGAUAGAACAGGUUUAAGCGAUCCAUAUGUUACCGUUCAAGUUGGUAAAACAAAGAAACGUACUGAAACUGUGCAACAAAAUUUAAAUCCCGAAUGGAAUGAAGAAUUUGUUUUUGAUUGUAAUAAUGCCUCCGAUCGAAUAAAAGUUCGCGUGUGGGAUGAAGAUGAUGAUUUCAAAUCCCGUAUUAAAUCAACAUUUAGUCGCGAAGCUGAUGAUUUUCUAGGUCAAGCUAUCAUUGAUGUUCGUACAUUGAAUGGCCAAAUGGAUGUUUGGUAUAAUUUAGAGAAAAGAACAGAAAAAUCGCUUGUAUCUGGCUCCAUACGUCUUAUUAUCAGUAUUGAUAAAGCACACGAUAACGAGGAAAGCGUAGCACCUUAUCACCAGCAAUACACUUGUUUACAUGAGAAUCUGUUUUACUAUUUAUGUGAGAAAAAUAAUGGAAAAGUACCAAUUCCAACUGUAUCAUCGACCGAAGAUUCGUGGAAAGUCUAUUUCCCUAAGGAGGGCCAAGAAAUCUUGAGGGAAUUUGCAAUGAGUUUUGGAAUCGAAGAAAUCUAUCAAGCAAUGACGCACUUUUCAUGCCUUACCACGCGCUUAACAAGUCCUGGAGUACCAGCAGUCAUGAGCUCUCUUUUAGCUAACAUUAACGCCUAUUAUGCCCAUACUACAGACUCUCACAAUGCUAGCGAUAGAUUUGCUGCAGCAAACUUUGGUAAAGACAAAUUUGUCAAAAUUUUGGAUCAGUUACACAAUGUAUUACGAAUCGAUAUGUGCUCCUACAGGACAAGUUUUCCGUCCUCUUCUCCUGAAAAAUUAGCUGAUCUAAAAGCUACGGUGGAUUUAUUGACGAGCAUUACAUUUUUUAGGAUGAAAGUAUUAAAUAUUACAAGUCCACCUCGUGCAUCACAAGUUGUUACUGAAUGUGUCAAAGCUUGCCUUAAAAGUACCUACCAAUACAUCUACCAAAAUUGUACAGAUUUAUAUGAUAAUGCUACCAAUGAUAAUGAAGAGCCAGAUACCAACAAUAUAUCCAGUAAUAGCGCUAAUACUGUUAAUGGGAAUAACGUGAAACAUUUCGAUUUUUGGAGGAAAUUAAUUGGUGUUAUCGUUUCCGUAUUGGAAGAGGACAAAAAUUGUUAUACUAGUGUUUUAAGCCAAUUUCCUUCUGAAUUGAACGUAGGCCAUUUAAGUGCGGAGCAUAUUUGGGCUUACUUAGCACAAGAUAUGCAAGGAUUCUUAUUCGAACAUGCUCAAGGCGAUGUCAUAGAAAAUAAUAACGAAUUUAUUAAACUUCAGUUCAAGGUGAAAUGGUUAUAUGAUAAUUACUGCAAAGACAUUCCAACAUUUAAGUUAAUUAUUCCUCACUAUCCAUCAUGGUUUGAAGCCUACGUCAUGCAGUGGCUACAUGAGAAUGAAGAAGCCUCAACGGAAUUUAUGUACGGUGCUUUCAAUCGUGAUGAAAAUAAUGAAGACAAUGAGGAAUUUCAACCAAUAUCGGAGAGAUCUCCAUUUUCUAGUUCUGUCGUAGACAUAUUUUGCUCCUUAACGCAGAGCUAUGAAAUAAUAAAGAAAAUGGAGUGUCCUGAUCCGGCCCUCCUGGGAAAGUACAUGGAAAGAUUUUGCCGGACAAUCACGUCGGUGUUACUAGGAUAUGCCGCUUGUAUUUCAAGAGACUUUAAGAAAUAUUGUUCCUCAGAGAGAACGGCUUGUACCCUAAUGAAUAACAUCCAUCAAGCAACUGUACAAUUAGAAAAAUUAUUUCUUGCAAUGGGUGGUGAUUCGCUUGGCUCAGAACCAAAGAAAAUUUUAAAUGAACUACAAGGCAGACUUAAAGAAACAAUAACACAAAUCAGUUCUAUCUUUGCCGAUAGCCAUGAACCAACAGUACAUCAAGCUUUACUGAAGCUAAGCGCAAUCCUCAGCACAGUAAAAGGAGCUGCAAAUGUUCCCGCUAAUGCGGCAACGGUUGGCAAACAAUCACAAGAAGAUUCCUACCAUGUUAUGGGACCACUACUAGAAUUCUUAGAUAGCCAUUUAAAUUCGUAUCACCACAAAUGUGAUAAAAAUAUUUUGAAAAGGAUUUUAAAGGAAUUAUGGAGGCUUGUAUUAUCAAAAAUGGAAAGGGUCGUAGUUCUCCCUCCGUUAUCUGAUGUUAAAGUAAGUAGUAUCGUCCUAAAAUACAUUCUGGAAGGCAGCAAAAAUUUAAGUCCAAAGCAAUGUUUCAUUUUAGAAAUUGGCCUUAAAAAUAUCUUGCAAUAUUUCCAUGCUGGUGGCAACGGAUUAAAGAAAGGUUAUCUUGAAAAGAGUGUUGAAUGGCAGUCUCUUCGCUAUGCCCUCUCUCUUUACACACAAACAACAGAUACGUUAAUUAAAACUUUUGUUGAAAGCCAGACAGCUCAAGAUCGAUAUGGACUUGAUGAUUGUGUUGGCGAACUGAAUUUACAAGUAGAAUUAUUUACUCAUCCCGGCACCGGAGAACAUAAAGUUACUGUUAAAGUUGUGGAAGCUACUGGACUUUUAUGGCAAUCUACUAACAUGUUUAGACCAUUUGUCGAGAUCAAUGUUAUUGGGCCACAUUUGCACGAUAGAAAACGCCGACAGUCAACUAGAUCAAAAAGUAACAACUGGGACCCAAAGUUUAAUGAGAUAUUUUAUUUUAUUCUCAGUAAUGAAGAUGAUCCUUAUAGUUUCGAAUUGCAUAUUUGUGUUCGAGAUUACUGUUUUACCCGACAAAACCAACUUGUUGGGAUGUGUGUUAUUCAAUUACGUGAAAUUGCCGACGUUGGCUCCCGCUCUUGCUGGUGGCCAUUAAGUCGAGCUGUUUAUAUGGACGAAACAGGGCGUACUGUUCUUCGUAUACUAUCACAAAGAAUGCAUGAUGAAGUUGCCAGGGAGUUUGUUACCUUAAAAUCGGAAUGUCGCCCUGGCAAUAACUUGGCUAGAAAUUAA